GCGCACAUGAGUUUUAGUCACACAUAUUUUAGCAGGGAAGAAAAUCGAGCCCAGUCAUAAAUCAGUACCACCAGCAUUGAUUCAAGACAUGGCGGACGACAAGCUAAAGGAUCUGGCAGAGCUCAAGGACCAGCUAGAGGACAUUCAGCGCCGUGUGGAGAAGGAAGUACAGGCUGGGAUCCCACAGGGUGGCAGUGUGCUGGCCUCUCCUUUCCUCAAGGGCUUCUUGGCAGGGUAUGUCGUGUCUAGGCUGCGAUCCUCUGCGGUUUUGGCCGUGGUCCUUGGGACUUGCACAGGCAUCUUUGCAGCUCAAAACUUUGGCGUGCCCAACAUCGAGGAAACUCUGAAAGACUAUUUCAACACUCUUAAAGGACCCAGCAAGUAGCAGCCCUGGUUUUGGGGGGAAAUAUGGAUCUCUGAACCAAUAAACCACACCUCCUUGCCCCCUCAAGAAGAUCCAUUGGACUACCCCACCUCCAAGCCCUCUAUUUUAGAACUGAGAGAAAUUAUACGAUGUGUGUUUGUUAGGAGACAUUUUGGGGGAAACGAUAUAUUCCUUGAAUUACGCAUUAAGUGUCUUUACAAUCAUCUCUUGCAAUGUGUGCAAUAGUCCUGCAGGGACUUUAGCCUAUGUUUUUAUAUUAACUGGAAAGAUAACAUUGUUCCUAUUUUAUGCAAUAGGGAUUUUACUUAUGGAAAUAGGUGCUUUAUAGUGGGAGAUCUUGUUUGCCUCAGGUCAGCUUUCUAUUUCGUCUUGCUCGCAGAUCAACCAUAUAACCUUGUUAUACCCAAAAUGAUAUGUAUAACCUGUAGUAUCCAGACUUUAAACAUGACUAAGAUAAUAUUAUGUUCAUAUAUACAAAUAUGUCCCCAGGUAGAUACCAGGUUCAACCUAUUUCUGGACUUUUAGGUCACUGUAAGUCUACAGUAUUCACACCCCUUGACUUUCUCCACAUGUUGUUGUGUUACAGCCUGAAUUUAAAAUGGAUUA